AUGGACAAACUGGCAAAAGUGGAAACAAUAGGUGAUGCAUACUGCGUCGCAGCAGGGCUCCACAAGAAAAGCCUUAGCCACGCUAAAGCCAUUGCCCUGAUGGCACUGAAGAUGAUGGAGCUAUCAGAAGAGGUUCUCACUCCAGAUGGGAGCCCUAUUAAGGUGAUGGAAGUUAAGGGACAAAUGAUUCAUGUGCCAGAAUCCAAUUCAAUUUUGUUUCUGGGGUCUCCCUGUGUGGACAAGCUGGAUGAACUGAUGGGCCGAGGCCUCCAUCUUUCGGACAUACCUAUCCAUGAUGCUACUCGUGAUGUUAUAUUGGUUGGGGAGCAAGCGAAGGCCCAAGAUGGCUUGAAAAAAAGAAUGGAUAAACUGAAGGCAACACUAGAACGUACACACCAAGCCCUGGAAGAGGAGAAAAAGAAAACAGUCGAUCUCCUUAUUUCUAUUUUCCCUGAAGAAGUGGCUCAGCAGUUGUGGCAGGGACAGCAAGUUCAGGCCAGGAAGUUUGACGAUGUCACCAUGCUCUUCUCGGAUAUUGUUGGCUUCACAGCCAUCUGCGCGCAGUGCACACCCAUGCAAGUCAUCAGCAUGCUGAAUGAACUCUACACGCGGUUUGACCAUCAGUGUGGAUUCCUGGACAUCUACAAGAUCUAUGCUGUGGGAGGCUUUGAUGGUUUCUACCGCCUCUCCAGUGUGGAGUGCUAUGACACCUUCUCCAACAGCUGGUCCACCUUGGCUCCACUGCCACAAGCUGUGAGCUCGGCAGCCGUGGUCUCCUGCCUGAACAAACUCUACGUGCUUGGUGGUGCUGUGGAUGACACUGCUAACACUGACAAGCCUCAGACAAUUCAGCAAACUCUUCAAAGGACACUGCAGUAUUUUGAGCAUCAAGUUAUUGGGUACAGGGAUGCAGAGAAGAACUUUCACAAUAUAUCAAACAGAUGCACCUACACAGACUGUGCUGGCAAUGAAGAAACUGAAGAUGUCUCAGGAAUUCUCCAGUGUACAGCUAAUGUACUUGGUCUGAAAUUUGAGGAAAUGCAAGAAAAAUUUGGGGAGGAAUUCUUCAAUAUCUGCUUUGAUGAGAAUGAAAGAGUUCUUCGAGCUGUAGGUGGGACCCUUCAAGACUUCUUCAAUGGCUUUGAUGCUUUGCUGGAGCACAUUAGAACUUCAUUUGGAAGACAGGCCACCCUGGAAUCCCCAUCUUUCCUAUGCAAAGAGCUCCCUGAAGGCAAUCUCAUGCUUCAUUACUUUCACCCACAUCAAAUUGUAGGGUUUGCAAUGGUGGGAAUGAUAAAGGCAGCAGCAAAGAAAAUUUACCGAUUGGAUGUGGAAGUAGAACAGGUCACUAAUGAUAAACUGUGUUCAGAAGGGACGAACCCAGGUAAUUGCAGCUGUCUGACUUUCCUUAUCAAAGAACACGAAAAUGCAAAUAUCACAAAAGCACUUCCAUCGGGAACUUCCCAGUCUCCCUUAGAUCUGAGGAUUAGUAUCAGCACCUUCUGCAGAGCAUUCCCCUUUCACCUGAUGUUUGAUCAAAACAUGUUUGUUCUUCAGCUGGGAGAAGGUCUAAGGAAGCAGCUCAGAUGUGAUACCCACAAAACUCUGAAAUUCCAAGACUGCUUCGACAUAGUUUCUCCUAAGAUCAGUGCCACAUUUGAACGCGUCCUCCUGAGGUUAUCUACUCCCUUUGUUAUUCGGACCAAACUUGAGGAUUCUGACUCUGAAAAUAAGGACAAGGUAAGAGCAUUAAUUUGGAAGGACUUAUGUGUAUAUGUGCGUGAUGACAGAGGAGUUUUUGUUCAGAAAGAAACAUCUGAAGUCCUGUGUAUUGUGAAAAGCUCAAUUAUGCCUUUCAAAUAGGGUUAAGUAAUAUUCCUCAGCCAAGUGAGUAUUUUCCUGAAAUACUUACAAGCUUUGCCUGAGAUGCUGUAGGAAAUCGUGACACUGCAAUUGAGGAAAUUCACGUCAGUGAAGUUCAGUUUGAAUCAGAAGAGUGAG